GUCAAUUCUAACUCUCCAUGCAGCGAUAGCCUUUUAUGGUUAUUGUGUUUUCAUUUUCUGGCGAAUCCACCUAGAUUACCUUAAAUGGGUAAUUAAUUAAAUGCCUUACAAAACGGUCGUCUUCUCCUCAUAAAAACUUCACACAAUAGUGAAGAAAAUAUAGGCCUUGCCAAAAUUUAUCAAAAAAGAAAUCUUGCAGAUUCUUUCAUCUCUGGUUUGCUCGAAAGAGGCAGAGUUGGCACAUAGAAACGAAGGGGAAGAAAACUAGUGCAUUUUUGUACAUAAAGGAACAAAAGUGCAUCUUAUGGUAUUUAUUGUGACAACGCAAGAGAAUAAUACAUUAUGUUAAGUGGGGAAUAUAGAAGGAGUCCACGAAUAAUUGAACUGGAUGCACGGAAAGCACAAGAGAGGAGCCAAAAUAAGGGCAAAGCGAUAUGUGAAGUGACAGACGAGGAAGAACUGGAUAAGGGGCAAAAUAUUUUGAAACAAAAGCGCGGAAGGAAAAAGGUUAAGGUCAGAACUGUCCAAGAUGUUGUUGUUAAUUCAGUUGAAUAUAAAGUUCAGAAGACCGACACAGGGAAUGAUGAAGAUGGAGUUGUAAAUGCUGCUAUUUUGCCUUCAGGAGCUGCAAUACCUGAAAAAAGCAAGCUCGAACUAUUACUUGGUAUUUUGCAGAGGAAAGACACACAAAAAAUAUUUGCGGAGCCAGUAGACCCUGAAGAGGUUGAAUUCUAUUAUGAUGUCAUCAAAGAACCGAUGGAUUUUGGCACGAUUGCAAAGAAACUGAAUGAAGGAAGCUAUCAAACACUGGAAGAGUUUGAGCGUGAUAUAUUUUUGGUACCCAACAAUGCCAUGCUUUUCAAUGCUUCUACUACCAUAUACUACAGACAGGCACGUGCAUUGAAAGAACUAGCUACAAGGCUAUUUCAUGCUCUUAAAACUGAUCCUGAAAGCUUUGAAACUGAAGCUUCCAUACAAAGGUUGGGACUUAGUGGGAGGACAAAGGCUGGAGCUAGAACUCUGAACAAGACAAGUCCUAGCAUUGCAGCAAGGGGGUGUAGAGCUCAGAAACGAGCUCAUGAUGUUGAAGUGGACAGGCGUCGAACCUAUAGACCUCGGAAUUCUUUCCAAGGUGGAAAUAGAUCAUUAGUUUCAGCUGUUUAUAAUGCCCCGAAGCAUCUUAUGCUGAAUAAGCAGGCAGAUCUUGGAUAUAUAGACAGCUUAAAGCGGUUUACUAAAGAUAUGGGUCCAAUAGUUCAAAAGGUUGCCAAUAAGAAGAUAGACGGUUACAUUUCCGAAGCUAUGAGAGUUUGGAAUAUGACAACAAAUCAUCAGCUGGGGACCCAAAAUAUGCAAAUUCCUAAUGCAGCCUUUGCAUCAAAUAUAAAGGUUGCUCCAUCUUUUAAAGUCCCUUCAAGCACACCCGGAUACCAAAACAAUUCAGGUGACAAAAUGAACAUUCACACUGGAUUCUCAAAUGGAGGACAGGCAUCAGUGAUCAUGAAUAAUGCUUUAACUGGAGGAAUUAGUCAAACUGGUCGCGGAGUGGAAAGCCUUGGUGACUUCCAAGGGAACAUGACUCCAUAUGCGAGUAGGGAUUUUGCUCCAUCUUUACAUCUCCGUGGGAAUUCUGCUGGGUACCAAACAUUCGCAGGUGCAACAAUGGAUGGUCCAUCCAGCUUUUGGAAUGGAGGAAAGGUGUCUACAGUUAAUAAUGCGGCCAUGAAUGAUGUUUUAAAUAAAGGUAAAGGAAAACUUGGAAAUGAAAUGGACUUCCAAGAAAAGAUGUUUCAACCCAUGAGAAUGGGUUUAGAUAGCGGAGUUGCUUUCAAGGAUUAUGCUGUUAAUCAAAGCACUGGGGUUCACUUGGAUUCUUCUUUACCCAGUUAUGAUUCAGGGAAUGGGGAACUUGAUUUGAUCGCAUUGUGGAAUACAAAGGGCAAACAAAAGGAAUUAGACGGGAAAGCCAUGACGGUAAACCCAAUCAAUGUGGAUAAUACUGUACGAAAAGCUGGUCAUGGUUCUUCGUGGUGGAUGCAAGAGCCUAUGGUUAAAAGUAAGAUUGAUGCUUCCUCAUCUUCAUGGCGUUCACCUUCUCAAGUCAUGACAGGGUUCGAUGGUACUCAGACCAUGGACUACAUGAGCGGAAUGGGUUCACCUUCUCAAGUCAUGACAGGGUUCAAUGGUACUCAGACCAUGGACUACAUGAGCGGAAUGGGUUCACCUUCUCAAGUCAUGACAGGGUUGAAUGGUACUCCGACCAUGGACUACAUGAGCGGAAUGGGUUCUCAUUAUGCUGGUAAAAGAAUGUAUGAGAAAGAAGUCAUAGCUGAUGGACAAGGCUCUAGCUACAGAAGCAACGUAGAGCAGGUUGGGGUAGUUUCAGAUUUGUUCAAGCCAGCGGAGAUGGGAGUUCAACCCGUGAGUGAUUACUGCUUUCAAGAUGAAACUAUAUCAGCUGAGUUGGCAUCCUUACUACAGCAAAAAGGAGGCUUGGAUUCACUAUGUAACGUUCCUCCAGAUGAGAACUGGUUUGGAAGUCUAGGAGACAAGAAUUUGAUGAGAGCAUCAGAGAAGCCAUUGGAGUAUCAGAGGUUUCAACCUGAAAGCAAUGCAGCAGCAGCUACUGAGAGGUUUCAACCUGAAAGCAAUGCAGCAGCAGCAGCUACUGAGAGGAGGCAGAAGCAAACUGUGGAGGGUGCACAGCAGGCACAAUGGAGGUGGCUAUAAUUCUCUAGUCCGCACAAAACUGCCAAUGCCUACAUGGCAUGAUAAUGCAAUAAAAGAGACUUGGUUAUUUUUGUUAUUUUGGGAUGUGUGUUUGGUUAUAAAUACAUCCAAAGGAAACUACAGGACUUGCUGCUUUGUUAAAGAGCUCUGUGCUCUACCUUUUUAUGUGUGGAAUGUGGCGCGGGGACUAUGAUACUAUUCUAUGACACCCCACCGUACUCUUUUAACUUUGGUAAUAUCUUAUUAGUUCUAUCUUCUUGACCAGGAA